UUAUGUUAGUACAAUAUUGUUGUUUUUAUCAGGUAAAAAUAAGGAUAUUGUUGUGAGACAGCCUCGUGGUGGCGCGCGCAGUUGGCUGGCGGCAAGUCGGAGGAGGCGCGCGGGGCCUCGUCCUCGCCGUAAUCGCCAUUCGGCUCGCGGCGCCCUCGCGGUACGCUCAGUUAGAUUCUGACUGCGGGGGCACGACUAUCGCUCCCCAGCUCACUUACUACGAUUGGCUCGCUAACAUUUUUUUUGUUAAUAUUCAUUUCUUGCUCACGGACCGGCUUUACAGACAGACAGUCGGAAAACAUUUUCGAACUGAUGAGCAUUCGAUUCUUGUUCACUGUUAUUUUAUAUACCGGUUUCGAACUUGACCUGUGAUUUGUUUGGCCGGACUGUCAGUGCGCGUGUUGUGCUUUAUCGAUAACAUAACCUGUACGAUUUCAAGGGCACGAAACUCGUAAGUUUGUAUUGCGCAUGUAGUGUUGUUAAUUUAAAAGGACAGAUUUAACUAACUCAUUAAUAAUUAUUAUUAGUGGGCGUAUUCGAAAGUUUAAAUCGAUCGGGUGACGUGUGUGCGUGGGAUUCCGUUUACGUAAUCUUUGUUUACCUUGGGAAUAUGCACCGUGGUAACUUCUCGUUGUCAUAUUAUUAUUUACCCUAAAUAUUCCCAAACACCGAAUGGAAGUUACAACAUAGGAAGCUGAACGGUGUUCACAAUACAGGUUUCUGUAAUGAUCGAAACUAACAAAGAACACCAACAUCCCCCCGACCCGACGUCCAGGACGUGGGCGUGAGAUGGCACGCGCGGGCAUGCUGCACAAAGGCGGAAAAAAUGCUGCUGAGGCGAGUGAUGACGUUCAACGGUCUUUGGAACUCUUGGACCAAGUGCUGAGUGAAUACGACGAGGGCGAGCCUCGGUCGCUGGAUACGCGAGCCCCGGCCGCACCCGCCACACCCGCAACUCCGGCUACACCCGCCACGGACGACGACUCGCCCCUCGCCGGUCAUACCUCGGAAGACGAUGGAUACAUGAGCAUGAACGGGAGGAGAGCGAAGUUUGCGCUGGGAUUCCGUCCUACGGAGGAACGCGAAGAAUCUACGCUGCCGGAUGCGCCGUCGCUGCACUCGCCACCGCCUCCCGAGGAAGCAGAACGAAUCAUAUCGACAUUAUUACCUAAGGCAUCACCAGCGAAAGUCAUAGAACAACGUGAAUCAGAAGACCAAUUAGAAUCUAUUAUCAGUAUAAAUGGAAUAACUACAGCUACGCAAACAACAUUUCCGAAAACAAAACACCAACGUCCGUACGGUUGGGAGAAAGAUGACAGCAUCGGCUUCAAAUUGCAACAGCCUCCUGUGCCGCCGCACAGAUUUGCAUCUCUAGGUCACGGCGGCCGGCCUGCACCUGAUGCGGCAAAUGCCUGGCUUCCUCCUAGGCAUAACAUUCCAAUAUGUAACCAAAAGAAAUCACCCAGUUUCGAAAAUCCCCCAUUGCUUCCCUUCAUGGGUUUCUCCGCCGAAUUCAACGAUAAGCCUUACAAUGAACAUCCAGUUACCAUUUAUCCGGGACCUAACUUGCACAAACAGGUGCAUUCUCCCACGUACGCCAUUCAAAAAGUUUCGCCGUCUAAUACGAAAAGCUCAGAGAGGAAAUCGAACGUUAAACGUGACAGUAAAUCUGAUGGAGAAAUGCUGUCACCUAAAGGCAAAAUUCCGCCACGGACUCUCGCCGGUUCUAUGGAAAGACAUAGAGAAGUGUGUAGGGGAUCCACGGAGGAAAUACCGCAAAGUAAUAGAAGGAGUUCUAGCAAGAGUAACGAGGAAGAACAUUUUUCAGACGAUUCCCUGGAAGAAUCGUUCCCACCACCGCCGCCGGCAGUUACAACACCAUCAAAACGCAAUUCUAUCGCUUGGGAAGUGUCACUUGAUGGUGACGAUCCUCUGCUCACUCCAGGAAGCACAAAAGUUAUUGGAAGAAGAAGACGAAAAUCAGGAGAACAAUCACAUUCGAGUACCAGUUCCAUACCUCAAAGACUUGAUGACGAUUGGGGAGAUGAUUAUUGGCCACCACCACCACCACCCACUCAAUGUGAACUACCCUCACCCACAUCCGAUGCUGAGCCAGAAUACCGAAGAACCCAGGAGAUUGCUUGUGGCACAUACGUUAUAAGAAAAGGAAAAACCAGAAAACAGCUUCCCAGUUUCAAUAAAAAUGCCACCAAUAAAGUAGCGAACACAAGUAAUCUCUUGAACAAUCAUAACUUAAAUAGGAGUUUGGAUACAGACAAGUCCAUCGAUGGGUCAAGUUUGUCUAUAAGUGGCUCCGGAUCGGUUGGGUCCUACAAUUCCAGACCAAGUUCAGAUCUCAGUUUGCCUCAAUCGAGAUAUAGUGUAGAUUUAAAUUCGCGAUUGAGUAGGGAACUAAACACACCUAAUUCUAGAUAUAGUAUCGAUCUCUGCACUCCAAAUUCCAGAUUGAGCAAAGAAAUAAACUCACCAAAAUCGAGACUCAGUUUAGAUCUUAAUAAUGGUCAGGAGAGGUACAUUACACAAGAAUAUUUCGGUCACAGCCCGAAAAGCAGGAAAAUGCCCAACGAUAAAGCAAUUCAUACCAAAGGAAACAUGGUGCAAAACAAAUUGUCACCUCAAAACCGAUUUACGGACUUUAAAAAGUACUCAUCGACUUUCGACAACAUUCAAUCCUUGAUUAGAGAAGGUAAAGUAGAAGAAGCACCACCAACAGAGUGCAACGAGACAGUUAACGAAUUAAUGACAGUGCCUCCUAAUAUGGUGAGAGUCGUCUCUCUGCCGAGCCUUGGCCCGGAUGGGGAGAGCAACAGUGCCAGUCGGCAGGCGCUUAUCACCACCGUUGAGGAGGAGGAGGACCAGGAAAGUGGUGAUCCUGGCUCCAGCGGUGACACCUCGCCUCUGCGCAAAAUUGAAAAUAACAUUAGCGCUAUACUCAGCCAAGGCCGGGACCAAAACCACUUUAAUCCGUAUUUACAAAAAGACUGGAAUAUUCAUAAGGAUGAAUACUGUGAUGAAGUACCUAACGAUAUAAUAGAAAACAAUUACCGUUAUAGUUCUAGAGAGAGACAGAAAAGACAUGACAUUCAAAAAUCAUCAAGCCACAAUGAAAUACAAAACCAGCGCUCCAUUGAUCGUCGCGAUCGCACCAAGAGAUCAAACAGUAUGCACAAGUCAACUAGCGCCAAAGAUGUACCCGUAGGCUUAAUGAGGCAGCCGUCAUCAUCUGAUUCUGCUGUAUCGAGCAGUGGAGAUUUCCCACUAAACGUCCAAAUCGUCGAACAUUCAUACAGACAUCCGCCGCUGCCUCCAUCUCCAAAUCUAGGUCACGAGCUGGGACCGCUGCCGUUGACACCGGAAUCUCCAAUAUUCCCACCAUUACCACCAUCUCCCGUUGAAGAAGUUGAUGACGAGUAUACCGAAAUAAUGCAACCGACCGAAAAACGACGUUUGAAGAAAUCAGACACGUUGCCGACUACGACAAUGGACUCUAAAAGAAGGCCUUCGGAGCCCCCCGCAGUACCGCCCCACCGCGAUACAACUAACAGCUUAAAGACGAGGUCGAUGGAAACCAGCUACAACAAAAACAGAAGGAACAGUAACUUUAAAAGUGGAUCUACUGAUCGCAGAACGUUACCUACAGACAUUAAUGCUAGCGGUGCUCGUCGUCGAACUCUUCAGCGUCAGAACAGGGAGGCUUCGGGCGGCCGCGGACCCCUGCAGACCUCGGCCAGCCUCCCGGAGACUCCAGUAUUCGCUCGCGGUUGUGAUGUACCACGUACACCGCCCAGGAAUUCCACAGGGCCCCCGAGAACUAACACUAUCAACUCAAUGCAGUCUAUAGGGAGCAGCGUGACCCUGGGCGGGUACGGUCGUGGUUCGAUAAUGGGUCCGACCGGCGUGUGCACCGGCGCUGACUUGCUGCGGCUUGGUGGGCCAGCACGCGGAUGGUACCCGCGACAAAGGAACCGGCCUGCUUCUACGGAGCAUCUGGACCGACUAACUGCGUCUAAGACUGUGGCCGAGCCACCCGCGGCCUGGGAGAAUACAAGCGCUCGCAAACCUCUCACACUGCCUCCCAAUCUUACGCCGAAAUUCUUCCAAAAAUCACCUAGAGAGGCUCUUCGCAGGGUAACGAGCUUACUAAUACGGAAAGGCAACAAUGGCAAGGAGAAAGAAAAUUCCCGAAACAAAGAAGCAACAUCACCAGCAGCUCGGUCUGCGAAUGGAGAGGAACACCCAGGUCAAAAACAACGAAAAGGAUUUUUCAGAAGUCUCUGGAAGAAAUCGCGCCAUUAUUCAUUGGAACACCCGUGAAAAAUUGACCAAAUUACGAUAAUUUUACUAUUAAGUCGUUAGGAAGCUUUAGUAUUUCAACACAUCUAGUACGAUGGCGAAUUAUAAAUCAUUGGGUAUUUAUGAAAGGGUAAAAUGAUUUUCUCAUUUACAGAACUUGAAUUUGAAUUGCUUGCAAUAUCAUUAUCAUCUUUCUAAAGUAAGUUACGUAAAAAUUGCAAUAUAAUAUUUGAUUAACACGUGUAUAUUGGUUUUUGAAUGGUUAUUCGACAUAAUUUAUUUGUAAGAAUUAACUCGUGUUUGUAUUUAAUUCAAUAAUUUCUUAUAGAAGUGUAGAAAUGUAGAUAACCAAGUAGAAUAAAAAUAUGGCAUUCAUUUUAGCCUGUUUGCUAAUUUCGAGUAAAGUUUUGAUUUUAUUAUUCUAUAAGUAACACUACAGUAUAAUAUUUCAACACAAUCAAUUAGUUACGAUCUUGAAGUGUACUUUAUAAAGAACCAAGAUCAGCAAGGUAUUAUUACUACAAAUCUAACAUUUUAUACCAAUCGACAAUUCCUUGUAUUCGAGUGUACUUAACUCUUACUAUUGUAGAUUUGUCAACAUUAAAUAAAUAAUGUUAAUUAGAA